AGAAGAAAAUUUCCCAAACAAUAGGCCUAACCUCAAUAUUAUUAAUAAUUUUAAUGAAAUUCUUGUUUGCAAGUAAAAAGUGAGAUUUCUGAUCUAUAUAACACACAGAAAACCUAAAAUAUUUGUGAUUUUCUAAAGGAGAAACUUACGUUAUAAUUUUUACGUAAUAAGGAAUACAAAAACGACAAAAACCAAGAAAAUUGGUAAAUGUGCUUUUGAAUGAGGGAUGGUGUCCACGAGAGGCAUUAAAUACGCAUUUUCUGAGGGCGAAAAAGUCCUCUGCUACGAGCCAGAUCCCACAAAAGCAAAGGUUUUGUACGAUAGUAAGGUUCUUGAAAUCUUUGAUACGAGAGAUCGCCGGGGACGUCGCAUUGUUGAAUAUUUAAUUCAUUUCCAAGGUUGGAACAGUAGUUGGGAUCGUCGGGUCAGUGAAACCUUUGUGCUAAAAGACAACGUUGUUAAUCGCCAACUUCAGAAAGAUCUGGCUGAAAAAUCUCAACUUUGCCUAGGAGCAUAUCUCUACCGUAAGGAUAGGAAGAAGAGUAAAAGUAGCGGAAGUGCUGAAGUAGCAGAAACCACACCACCAGUAACAUUUCCAACCAUUGCGAAGGAGGAACAUGAACUGCAGAUGCAGGACAAUGAUGCAGAAUCUUACAGCAGUUCGACAGAGAGUGGUAGUGGCCCCAUUGAGGAUGAGAAGGUCAUAAUUCAGGUCAGCAAAAAGCUCCGAGAGUUUAUGGAGUUUGACAAUCGUAUGGUUACAAAGGAAUACCGUUUGGCUGUGCUCCCGGCGCAAAUUCCCAUUGUAACCAUCCUCGAGAAGUUCGUAAAGCAGUGCUCGGUGAAAUUGAUUUGCAAUUACAUACGUCAGGAUCACAGAAAGCGACGAAAUAGCACUACGAGAUCGGAUAAAGAACCACUGGACACGGAGAAGUUGACGAAUAAGUUGAAUUUAUACAAAGAAGUUGCCGAUGGGCUGAGAAUAUAUUUUGACUUCACCCUCAAAGAUCAUUUAUUGUACAGCCAAGAGCAGCAACAGGCAGAGAUGGUACUAGAUGAGGAGUAUCUGAAGACAUUCACGUAUAUUCCGUCAGAGAAAUCCUUUACUGAUCUCAUAUUUCCCAGUACAUCUGAAAAAUCAACUCCUACAAGUGCUACAGAAGUUACGGAUGACACGGCUCGUCGACGGUUGCGUUCAUACAAACUUGAAGCUGAUUAUGUAGGAACAGAUGGAGCAAUGCCAUUUGCUGCAAAAAUUACAGAGAUUCUUCGUAGUGUUCAGCCUCUGAACUCUUCAGUACCCCUCCGAAUGAAGAUGCUACUGCAGAAUACAUUAGCAUGGCACCUUUUGCCCUCAAAUGCCCCCGCAGAACCAUCAAUGAUCUAUGGGGCACCACACUUGGCACGAUUGCUGAUAAAACUUCCGGAAUUUCUCACACACUCCAUUGGAACGAUGUCCGAGGAAAAGAUGAAACACCUUCUGGACUAUCUAGGCGAAUUGCUGGAAUUUCUUGAGGAUCAUACAAAUUGGUUUGGGGAGGAGCACUACCACACGUCGCUAAUUAAGAUGGAAAUGGAAGAUUAGAGCUCUAUGCUAUGUAAUUUAAAAAAAAAAUAAUGAUUGUGAUGUGCAUUCUAUAUACGCGAAACGAGACGUAUAUAAAACGUCCGAGAUUAAGAAUUAUCUUUUGAACAGUGUGUGAUUGAACGCGGAACAAUACAGACAUGUCAGUGCUACUA